AAACUCCUAUGAAGCCGUGCUCCCGGAAGACGUGUAGCCAUAGUCACCGUUUGAAUCUGUCGCUCGGCUAACUGCUAACCUGUUACUCGCAGCGAGAUAGUGGAGAAUACUCGAUAUUUAUUGGUUAAAUGCUCACAUAGAAGAUGUUGGCCAUAUGUCAGUGUAAACGUGCGUCAUGAAAAAUGUAGCAGCUGCAAGUUAUCACGACUUCGUUCGUUUACUAUGAGCUCCCUAUCAGCCCAGGCCCCGGCAUCAGGCUCAUCAUGCAGGACACUACCUGGAGAGGGAAAUCAGGUACAGCCAAAGGCUCCUCUCUUGCAGAUUCUGCGUGUUGCCGGAGCCCAGGAAGAAGUCUUCACCCUUAAAGAGGUGAUGCACUACUUGGGCCAGUACAUCAUGGGGAAGCAAUUAUAUGACAAACAGAGACAGCACAUAGUCCACUGCCAGGAUGACCCUUUGGGGGAGCUGUUGGAGGUGGAAAGCUUCUCUGUUAAAAACCCUAGUCCGGUGUAUGAAAUGCUCAAGAAGUACUUGGUUGUGCUUGGUUGUUCUGACGCUGCAGAGAAUCUUUCUGUGGGCCGUGAAUGUGUAGAGGGCGGAGUGGAGGAUCGUGGGCAGAUGGGUGGAGGUGUGGUCAAAGCAGGUCUGGAGGCUGGCAGUCAUGGGCCUCUCCUGCAGACCCCCUCCCAGAGACGACCUCGGGAGCCAGACGAUGACUCCCUCGAAGGCCUGCCUCGGUCAGCCUGCAAACGGCCCAAACUGGAUGUUACCCUGGAUGAGUGGGACCUCUCUGGCCUACCAUGGUGGUUUCUGGGUAAUCUCCGCAGUAACUACAGCCGCAGGAGCAAUGGCUCCACGGACAUCCACACAAACCAACUGUCUCCUGCACAGGAGGAGGACACUGCCAUUGUGUCAGACACCACAGACGACCUCUGGUUCCUGACUGAGGGUGAGAGUGAACAGGUGAGCGUGGAGAUGAAAGAGGCUGCUCUGGAGGAAGGGAGCGGAGGAGAGGGAGAUGCUCCACCUGAGGAUGAUGAAGGAGGAGGGAAAGAGGAGAAAGCAGAUCGAGAGAUGCAGGAGGAGCCAGAUGAAGACUCGCAGUGUUUGAGUGAUGACACUGAUAUCGAGAUAUCCACACAGGACGCUUGGCAAUGCACAGAGUGCAGGAAGUACAACACCCCUCUCCAGAAGUACUGUGUACGCUGCUGGGCUCUGCGUAAAAACUGGUACAAAGAUGUUCCCCGACUUGCCCAUUCCCUUUCUGUUCCUGACAUCCCAGCGUGCAGCUCUCACACCACGCAUGAUGAGGAAGAUGACAGCGAUACAGGCAUAGAUGUCCCAGACUGCAGCAGGACGGUGUCUGACCCCGUCAUCCUACCCUCCCAUUCCACAGCUGACCGACCUCUGCCCACUAUGCUCACAGGUAAAGGCAAGGCCCCAUGGCCUUCCAGCUUCCUCAAAGAUGAGCAGCUGUCAGGAGGGGAGAGUCAGGAGAACCUGGGCAUGGAGGUUGAAGAAGUAAGGCCAGAGGCACUUUUAGAGCCAUGUAAGCUCUGUCGAGUGCGCCCACGUAAUGGAAACAUUAUACACGGACGUACAGCUCACCUGCUAACAUGUUUCCAAUGUGCAAGGAGGCUGCAUAAGUUUCAGGCUCCUUGUCCUGGGUGUGGGAAGAUCAUUCAGAAAGUUAUUAAGAUAUUCAUCCUCUAAGAAGCACAUACAUCUAUCAGGCAUUAGGAACGAAAAAAAAUCAAACUAAAAUUUCAAACAUUUUUAACAUACAACUGCAUGGAUUCUUGAUACACACUCUACUGGAAGACAAACACAAAACAUGCACCUUAACACUCAUCAACACACAUAGAAUAGCACUUGGUGAAUCUUUCUUUUUGGUUGCAUGGUUUAUGUUGCAUCGCACUGCCUCAGAAGUAUUUUAAGAUGAAACAUGAGUUGGCUCUAUGGUGCCACACAAAUAAGGGACUCACAACUGCAGAAGUAUUUAUUUAUUUAUUAGAAGAACAUGCAGAAGCUUACAGGUUCCAUAAAAAGCUUGAUUUUAAUUUUCAGGCUGUAUUAUUGAGUUAGUUCCUGCAUUGACUUUUCUGAAUGGUGCCAUUUGAAAGCAAGCCUUGCUUGCCUUACUUCAGUUAGCUUUGUUUGACUUUCUUCAUCUCUAGAUCCUCUUCAGUCAUCACCAUCAGGAAAAAAAUGGGAAUCAGUGAGCAUGUAAGUACAAGACUAUUCCUCGAGCGUCUUAGGCCCUCAUUUUAACCUUUUCAUUUCAUGUAAAGUAGUCUAGCCUUGAGAUUAAUGAAGACAAAACUUGAAGGAAGAACAGCUAAGUCAUAAAAUCUUUUUCUUUUGUAAUCUGCCGCAGCUCAGAGAAAGAAUCCUGUCAAAUUUUCUUUUUAACAAUUUCUCCUCUCUGCACCAGUGAAUGUACUGUAAAUUACUAAUGUGGUGGCUCAAGUUUCUCUUUGCCUAGUAUUUUAAAAUCUGCAGUUAAAUAUAAUCUGCUUGAAAAUGCACAGCUGAAGUAUUUACUGCAACGAUUUCCUGUUAGUAGAAAUGUAAAAUUAAUAUGUAUUCAAUAUUUACAGUUGCCAAGCAUCCAAUGAAAGCUGUGUCUGCAGUUAGCUACAUCAUAAUAAUUGGGGCAUGUUUAAAUGUUCCUCAGCCUUUUCUCUGUUGACAAAUUUCUGUAUAUUUUGUAUUUAAUUUAUAAUUGACUGUUAAUUGUUUAGAUGACCACCUCAAGGCUGGAUUUGUUACAGAGCUCUAAUGUUUAAAGGUUUUUUUUUUUUUCAAAGAUAUACAAGGUAUAUAAGAUUAACAGGCUAAGCUACCAAAUGUGCCCUCAGUGAAAAUGAAUGCAAAGUACUUACUUGGAGAUGAGGGUUUGAUUUAAGCAUUACACUGCCAUGUAAUGACCCUGAAUUUUAAUUUGUAUCAUAGUUUCUUUGUAUGUUUCUGAAUUAUUUGAUGAUUGUAUCGCUGGACCAUGUAGAUACUAUUAUUUACUUUAAGUGGUAGAGUCAGGUGACUAAAAAAAGGAUGCUUUACAGUGCUGUCAAGGAAAAUAUCCACUAUCAGUAAGAAUUUGGCUCUGCAUAGAAUAGAGAAAAUCCUGGUUUUUUCAUCUGCUUUUAAAUUGCGCUUAACUGUUCUGCCAGCAGAUGGAGAGAAGUCUCAAUAUUGUAUCUGGUGCCUUGAGUCUGUACAGUACCAGUAUUAAAAUGUAAUGCAUAUAUAAAGCAUGUUUUAUGUCGUGACCACAGCCAGCACUGAACUGGUGAGAACUAAAUUAGCUAUAUAAAAAAAUGUAGCCUAUAAUAUUUAUCAUCAUUGUGCAUCUAGACAAAUUUCCUCUAGAUACAUUAAAAUGACUCGGUAAUAUACCAUGGAAAAAGACUUAAUUGUUGCAGUUAUUGAUAACAAGACUCUAAUGUGCUCAAACAUGGUACAGCUAAUAUAGUUGUUUUUUUCUACAUGUCAUGGAAUAAAAUAAGUUUUGUAAAAGUGA